GACUAUUUUUCCCUUGGGUUUGCCAGGUCAGUUUUCCUUUGUUGCUACUUUUCGGAAGCGGAACCUCCAGAAAAAGCCCUGGAAUCUAAUCCGUAUUGACGAUCUCCUGGGCAAGCCUCAGUUUGGAAUCACUCUCAGCCCCAAGACAAAUGAAAUGGACUUUUACUUUCUUGACUUUCAGGGCAGACUUCAAACAGUCACCUUCACUAACGUCGAGGUAAAUGAUAAGCAGUGGCACAAGAUUGACUUAAGUGUUUAUGAAAGUGAAGUUACGCUGUACUUAGACUGUGAGAAAACGACUACUAGGUCUAUGAAUCAACGUGGACCAAUUGACGUCAAUGGGAACAUUAUGCUUGCUCAGUAUAAAGAUCGAAAGAGGAGUGUACCGCUAGAUUUACAGUGGAUGGUGCUGAGCUGUGAUCCUUCACGAUCAGAAAGGGAAACUUGUGGCGAACUACCUCCUAAAAAGAAGCCAGAGAAUAUUAAUAAAUGUCAAGUGUGUCCACCAGGUCCACCUGGAUUAAAUGGAACAGAAGGUCCUCUGGGUCCUCCUGGCCCUCCAGGUGAGAAGGGUGAACAAGGUCUUCAAGGACUGCCAGGGUUAAUAGGUCCUAAAGGAGAACCUGGAAUUGCUGGACUUCCUGGUUUGCAGGGACUACCAGGACCAAUUGGCCCUCCAGGAGCAAAAGGAGCAACGGGCCCCAGUGGACCCAAAGGAGACAUUGGAUUGCCCGGAUUGCAUGGUUUACAGGGAAUAAAAGGUCAAAAGGGGACAUCAGGGAUCCCAGGAGAUCCUGGAACACCUGGUACUACAGGACCAAUGGGGCCAAAAGGACAGGCAGGAUUACCAGGUGAUGCUGUGGUGGUAGAAGGGCGUAUUGGACCAAAAGGAGAACCUGGACCUCCAGGACCUGAGGGAGAGCAAGGUCUCCAGGGUUUACCCGGAGCUGUUGGUCCUGCAGGAAAAAAG